AUGGGGGACAUCGUCGGUCCCAUGGAUCCCGCGGUUGACACUAGCGGUGAGGCCAACAACUGUAGCUCCGGGGACCUACUCCUACUUGCCCUUUGCUCCUCGCGCUCGACCUGGUACGCCUGCCGCCGACUUUGUGCCCUCUACGACCUGCCCGCCAUCGUGGACCGUGUACUGGUAAUGACACGCCACCGGCAGGUACACUAUGUGGGUCACUCGCAGGGAACCACUGUGCUGCUGGUGCUCCUGUCGCAGCGUCCCGAGUACAAUUCGAAAUUUGCCAAUGCGGCCCUAAUGGCUCCCGUGGCCUUUCUCAAGCACCUUAGUAGUCCGCCGCUGCGUUUGCUGGCCAGCGACAGUUCUGGGGUAACCAUGCUACUCAACAAGCUGGGCCUCAACGAGCUGCUGCCCGCCACGGCGCUCACCCAGGUGGGGGGGCAGUUCUUCUGCAGCGCAACCCUGCCCACCUACACCCUCUGCACGUUCUUCACCUCCCUCUAUGUGGGCUUCAGCGACUAUCCAGUGGAUCGUAACCUCUUGCCACGCAUCCUGGAGACGAUUCCGGCGGGCAUCUCGCGUGGCCAGUCGCAGCACUUCGGGCAGCUCAUCAAUAGCGGCAAAUUCCAGCAAUACGACUAUCGUUCGCCGAAGCUGAACAGCCUGGGAUAUGGCCAGCCCACGCCCCCCUCAUAUCAGUUGAGGAAUGUUCGCCUCCAGCUGCAGAUCUUUCAUGGUACACGCGAUGCCUUGUCCAGUCAGGCGGAUGUACAGCGACUGGUUAACGAGCUGCGUCAGAGCCGUACCCGGCUGUAUCAGGUUCCAGGCUACAAUCACAUUGACUUUCUGUUUGCCGUCACUGCCUCGCAAUUGGUUUAUGAGCGCAUCAUUCAACAGGCCUGGCAACUGGAUGCAACAGCAGCAGCAGUAGCACUCCAGGGUAGAUGAUAGUGAUGAUGAUGAAUUACA